CUUCGAGUUCGUUUUGGACCACAUCAUGGGAGAUGAAUCUUUGACGCUCUUGGCGAAAAUUGCUCUUACUUUGCUUUCUUGGAGAGCGAACUUCUUGAAGCAGUGAGUAAUAUCUAAUUUAUCUUUUAUUCCGCGAAAGAUCGAUUGAGUAGGAAUCAAAUGUCGACUGAAUAACAGAUAGACAGAUUCGAACGGUGAAUGAAAUCGAAACUGAUCCGAUCGCGCGAAGCUCUAUUUUUCGAGUUUUCUCGAGUGUGGUUUCAUUUCGCAAGCAAAUACUCUUUGUGGAGUUUAAACGGACUUAAAAAGAAUUAAGUAGAAUGAAAAUAACGCAGAAAACUCCUUGAAGCUUGUUAAAUUUUGAUGAAUGCACGGGAAAUAUUGGGGAGUGUCUAUUAUGCUCGAAAUUCGAGCCGUGAAGGCAGUCUAACGGAUUUACCGAACUAAACCAUAUGGCGUUCGAUUAACAUUGAUCACUGUAGUUUAGAUUGCUAACUUAAGAUAUCUGGCGGGAAAUUUAACUUCGAUACAAUGUUUAGAACAAAAAUUUUCUUCUGCACAGAUUAUUUCUUAAAAUCUACGCCACCUAGGUGUUAACCUGAUACAUGGGAUUAUUGUUUUGCGUUCUUCGGCAAGACACUUUACUUUUAUAGUGCCUCUCUUUACCCAGAGGUAGCAACAGUUGCUAGAAAACUUCCUGGAAAACCUGACAAAAUCUUUGCAAGUAACUAGCGAUGAACUGACAUCAUGGGUAGUCAUACUUUUUUCAUGUUAUUGAAACCAGUGUAAGACCUCGCCGCAUACUUUGCUCGUGAGAGGCUUUGCCUUAAUUUUACUUUACCCAAAACACACCCUUACAUACUAGUUGGACCAAAGGGUGUAACUCGGACCGACUGAUCUGUAGUUUAAGCACGUUUGCUAACAGGCCACUGUCUAGUCUUUUCAUUAGUUAUCCUUUGUUAUAUUUGACAGAAAUUAUCUGACAAAAUGCUGGAUGCACCCAUUUUUAGUACUGCCUGCCUAGAGACCUUGAAUGAUGAAAGAGAGGAAAGCUGGGAUGAAGGGGUGAAACACUUUCUGGAUAAAGAGUAUGCAGACUGGAAAGAGCUCUCAGGGACUCAUAUGGUCCCUGGUGAGUUCUUGUAUAGAAAACGUAAACCAGAUAAUGGAGAGGAAACAGAAAAGAAGUUUUAUGAUCUAUUGCAAGAGUUUGGAGAGAGUCGUUCAGAACCAGAACCAAUGUUUGUGGUUCACUCUUAUAAAUUUGUAGAGAUGAUUUCUGAAUGGAAUAAGGUAUCCAACAAGGAAGAAAAGAAGUGGGUGGCUGGAGAGCACGAUUUUGUUAUUAUUCAUCGCCAACAUGGAAUAAUAUUUUUCCAGGUAAACAAAAAGUAUUACUGGAGAUAACAAAUAUAAAUUAUGUAUUUGAUUGAUCAUAAGAUUGGCUUGCAAACAUGAAAAUUGUCCUUCAUAGUUGCCCCUAGUAUUUACAGUCAUUAUUGUGGCUACUACUUCCUAUAGGAGGUAAAGCCACAUAUGUUGUUGAGAUGAGUGAGUAAGUGAGUGAGUGUAACAAUAGAAUUCCAAUCUUGACCCAAUUUUCAACCUUUUUCUUAAUCCUACUUAUUGUUGUUAUUGGAGUAUCUAAGUAGUUUACUGUUUGCAAUUGUCACACAAUAGAGUUCUCUCCUUUAGUGAGUUCUGGCUCAUAGCCACCAGUGCAUUGAGUUUUCAGUGACACUGUGAAGACAGCAGAAGACAAUAAACAUAUCAGAAUCAUUUUAGGAUUGCACAUGAUUAAAGAAAAUAGCUCUCUUAGCAGAAGUAUCUUAACAGGUGUAAUUGGUGCAUCUUGAAACUUGGUGGAAAAAUUUUUCCUUGAGCAGAUCAUUUUACUGCAUAAAUCAGCAAAUUAUGUAGAUCUGAAGAAAUAGUCUUUUCAGUUCUUGCCACAACACUACCAAAGAUGAUAGCAACCUUAACAUAAUUUCACAGUGGUAUCCACCAACACAAGAUUGAAAUCAAAACUUUUCUUCCUAGAAUCAUCUGAAUGAAAAUAUAGUUUUUAAGAAUGUGAAUGGUGUUCUGUUCAUUGCAAUCAGCACCUGCUUCAGUGUUUCAUCAACAGUUUCAUUGCAUGUGCUGGCAAGUUUUAAACAAACUGGAACUACAUGUAUCCUGCAGUUAAUUUUUCUGUUCCAUUUUUUCGAGCAAUUUGGUGAACAUUGAUUGAUGAUUCAACAAAUAUCGAAACAAAAAGCGAAUCUGGUUUCUCAUGAAAAAUUCUGCAUACGAGUCAGAGCAAGACAUAGUCAUGACAGGUAAUCAUACUGUAACACAACACCAUUAAAAUAAGCGAGUAGCACUUAUUAGUUUUUGUACAACUGGUGAGAUGAAUGAGCCAGUUUUUGAGAACAGCAUGUUCACCAAUGACAAAAGCUAUGAAAUAAGCAUUCGUGGGUGGGUUUGCAUUCAGAAUGUGACAACUGAUUACAAAUGGGUGCCUUAGCUGAUUCUACCAAAUUACAAUACACUAAGAAUAAAUUUAUUUUGAACAAAUUCCCAAACCAUUGCAACUGAUGUUUCUAUAUAUGAAGUGAUAAAAAGCUAUUUUGAUGAGUGAAUUCCUUUUGAAGUCGCAUUGGUAAUAGCAUUUUGUGAAGGUCAGUUUAAAUGGUGAUUUUAAUGAACAAGUUUGCUUGUCGUUGGUAGUUUAGUGCUAUUGAAUUGUAGCCCAUUCUUUAAAACAGUAAACUGCCAACAAUAGAAAAACAAAAAGACCACCUCAUACAUACUAAUGAGGCUGAUGUCUUGAAGUUGUGUGCACACAUGCAAUUUUUUGAUGCACACGAUUUUUUUUAUUUGCAAUUGCAUGCAAUUUUUGGCACUUUUAAUUUGUGUUUUUUGGUUAACAUAUAUGUGAGCAGCACUGUAGAAGAAGCCAUAUAGAGUCUCUGAUUUUCUAUUUUUAUUUAGUCUAUUUAUUUUAGUCUAUUGAUAAUUCUGGUAAGUGUUCUUUUGUGGCUGCUUUAGUUGCAAAGUUCAGCUAGUACAUCCACCUACAUGUAGCAAACUCUUGACAUUUCUUUACCCACUCUUGAGAACCUGUUACAUUCAGGGCAUGAAAUUGCGCCAAAUACAGGCACCAAUGCGACUGAAUUUUUCACUUUGGUGACCAAAUCCUAAAAGUUAGUCGCCAAAUUGGCGACUAGAACGUUUCAUCAUAACCUUACCAAGAUAUAGUGUAUUAAAACGAUUUGCAAAGAUAAAUCCUCGGCAAACUUCCUCAUUAAGUUUGUUUCUAAAACGUAGCACGUGCUUCUUGAUCAAUAACUAGACGCCAUCUUGGAUUUAGAUGAGCCUGAAUGUUGUAUAUCAUCCAUCCUAGUGUCCACUUUGUAGUACAUUAAAGAUCUUUUCCCUAACUUAAUUUUGGAGGGUCUACCUAGAACGCUGACAGCGUAAAGAAAGAUUUUGUUUGUCUUUGAAAAUGGCGACCAACUUUUUUUGAAUUGGCUACCACUUUGAAGAAUUUAGGAGCCAAGUGGCUACCAGAAAAAAAAGUUAAUUUCACGCCCUGUACAUGAAGGUUCACCCCAUGAUCAGUGGCCUUUAAAGUUGUGGAAGGAAACAUAUUAGCAGAAAUUAGAAAAAUAAGUUUCAAAUUAUGGCAUGUCCCUAAUUAUUCUGGCUAAUUAGAAGAAUACUUGGUUGAUUAAACAACUGGUACUGAAGGUUAUUCUAUGAAAGUUCAAUUAUAGAAUAUUUUUCCUUUUAGGGGUACCUACAGGUGUUUUGAAGAACAUUAGUGAACAUCAUACAUGAGCUCUCAUCUUUAUCUUUCUAAUCCUGGAAUCAAACAUUAAGAGAUGUUUUGAACAAAGUGAAUUAAAAUCCUAGUUGUUAUCUUGGGUGAUUGUCAUGUGUCAUGUUAACUUUGCUGUAAAAAGCCUCCUGUCAAUGUAAAGAAAUUUUAAGCUCCUACCAUUUUUGUUUUCCAGGUGAAGGCAGCUGUAAAAACAAAAAAGAGAUUUCGUGAAGCAGAGGAACAACUAGAGAAAGACAAGAAGGCUCUAAAGGCAUUCAUUAAUGAGAAUCUUCCAAGCAGUCGUACUAAAGACAUGAAUUUUGUGUUAUACAAAUAUCCAGGGUUUGUAGUUAUGCCCAACUGUCCAAGUCCAAAAAGUUCAAAACCUCCCAAUGGUGUCUUUAAAGAGGACUGUAAAGAUGUGGGUGCAUUCUCUGCUUGGUGGAAGACUAAGGUUGCUGAGGUUAAGGGGGACACUAAGUUUGAUCAAACAUUGUUUGAGCAUCUGGUCAAGCGGUGAGUUACAAGCUAGAAUGUCAUGCACUUUACAAAUGGGUUAAUUGCUGUGUUUUCUUUUAGCAUCUUGAAGUUUUUUACCUUUCUUUUUAAAUCCAAUUUAAUUAUCUCAGUCCUGUGGCAAAAUCAAUGUAAAGAAUAGUGGCUAUGUUUUUUUCUGUUGUAAUAACAUAUUAUUCCUUUGCACAAUGAGUGGCAAACGUUCCUCUUGGUCAGUGCUCUAGAGAUUUGUUGCUGUAGAGUAAUUCCCUUAGCAAACCAAAGCUAACUUUUGAUGGCAGCAUGGAAGGAAUUAGUUGUUUCACAAGGCACUAUGAUUUUUUGCUAAGAAGACAUCAGGCAUAUUUACUGCAAGUUAUUCCUUUCGGAGAUUGCAAAGCCAGAGGCUAUUGCUGUCAGGCUGGUCAAAUGGAAAAAGAGCGAGUUUUUCUCCAUCAUAGCUGCAGACCUGUCUUAACAGUUUCCAGUGUCACAGCUUUGAAACAUGGUCAUUUUGGCCAAGGGCUAAAUGUGUCCUCAUUGACACUAAAUGGUCAAUGAGGACUGGUUAGGCACUAAGGUUGAUUAUUUCAAAUUUAAAUUUAGCUAUUAACCAGAAAAUGCAAAAAAUAAUGUGUAUUCUUGGUAAUUGAAAAAAAAAGAGAAAACCUUGAAAAAAAUAUGGAUCUUAGAUAUGAAUUGUCAAAGAAACAAUUCCUGUAUUUUCUGUCUUUCUUAUUCUCUCUCUUUUGCUGUUCCAGAAAAAAACUCUUAGAUAUGCAUAAACCUAAAAUCAGCCGUGAUCAUGUAGACUUGAUUUCAUUUUAUAUCUGUUUGAUUGCAGUAUAUUUGUCUAACCAUAAUCUUUGCUUUAAGAUCUUUAGUGACUAACUCUCAAGUGAUUCAAGAUGUUAUUUUAAUAUGGAAGGUUUCAAUACCAAUAUUUUAGCUCACUUCAAAUGAGAUAUGUUUCUCAGCUGAGCAACAGACUGAAAACUCACUAAACAUGAGUUGUUACCUGGUCUGAGCACUUUAUAGUAAAUUGUUUCUGUUACCAGGACAUCAGUCUCUUCACUCUUGUUCACUUCACCUUAACUACAAUUUUUCUUGUUAAUUGGCAAGUGAGUAUAGAAAUUGUGUUGUUUGGCUAACUAAAAAUUAAUCUUGUGCAGCAUGAAAUAUCCUUCCUUUGAUUUUGUUGUUGUUGUCUUAUUUUUUUUUGGGGGGGGGAAAGGGGGUGAUCAAACUUUUUUUUCUGGUGACCAUUUUGCAAUUGAAGGAUGUGCUUUUUUGAAAAAAUGAGCUUAGAGCCCUGUAGUUUAUAGCAAAUAAUUGGACACCUGCCUGUUGAAGGGGUUGGACUUACUAAAAAAGCACUUUUGCAGCAGGAAGCUUUUUUCCUCCCCCUUACUUCAUUUCUUCAUGGGGCUCCUUUUUCACAAGAAUUUUGUCCUCAACCAAGUUGAAGUCGUUAUUUUGACUGACGUUUUCCCAAAAAGUUAAUUUGUAGUCUUGAAUUGGUAUAAGUUAUUUGGAGAAAGGUAUUUUUUGUAAGGACAAAAGAGAUUGCUAAUUUAAACUCCCCCAUAAUUUCAGCUUUGUUGGAAUGUCACACAGCAUUCUUGACACCCUCAGCAAGUCUAUUGAUGAUGAUAAAGUGAAGUUAGAGAUGUGCACAAAACAGCAGUUAUCAGUAGUUUUGGAUUCAGAGCCAAAGAAAUGGAUAACAGGCCCAGCUGGUAGUGGAAAGACUUGGCUACUGAUGAAAAAAGUACUAAUGCUUGCUAAGAAAGCGCUCUUGAAGGGGUCAGAAGAAAAAAUACUUGUGGCCUGUUACAACAAACCCUUGUCCAUGAUGUUUGCCAGAGUGUUUAAAGAUAAGUUGUUCAGCUUUCUGGAAUCUGGAGAGUUAGAGGAAGUAGUUGAAGUGAAAACUUUUGAGUCACUUCUCUUUGAUGUAACUGGGCCCAGAUCUGGUGACUCUGAUCAAGAGAAAGAAAACCAUGUUUCCCAAGCAUUGGAAGUUGUAGAGCAAAGAUCUGCAUUUGCUCAACAGUAUGAUCAUGUAUUUGUUGAUGAAUGCCAGGACCUUUAUGGUAACAGAUGGCAAACCCUUUUUGAGAGGUUGCUUAAGGAUGAGGAUGAUUUCUCAUUUGAUGAACCAAAACACUUAUGGUUCUUGUAUGAUACUAAUCAGUAUCUGAGACUUUCUGAAGAGCAGUACAAGCAGCACUGGAAAUCAAUAAGGAAAAGUGCCAAGCUCACCAAAGUUUUCAGAAGCACUGGAAGCAUCUUUGAUCAGUCAAAGAAGUACUUCAGGGCCGAAAAUUCAAAUGCAGAACCUAUUGCAUUAGGGCACAAUGUACGUGGACCAGAAAUUACAUGGGACAACUCGCUAAAAAGCAGGAAGGUCACAGAGGAUGCUGGUGCAGCAUGCAUUGCAAAGCAUAUAAAAGAGCUCCGCAGAAACAAAGUUGUUGGCAAGGACAUCUGCAUUCUGACGCAAAAUGUUGAGAUUCAAGAGGGUAUCAGCUCAGAACUCAAUAAAAUGGGAAUUGAGACUCAAAAUGCAGCAGACCUGUUUGGAUAUGAUUUGCAUGUAAACAAGGUAGUGGUUGAAAGCAUCUGGCGCUUCAAGGGUUUGGAAUCAAAGGUAGUUGUUCUUUACAACCCACCUUUUUUCCAAGACAUUAAUUGGUCAGUGAAGAAGGUUAAGGAACUUUUAUACACAGCAGUGUCUAGAUGUUUCUGUUACCUAGUUGUUAUAACAACUAUACAUGGUUGCAAUGCAUUAAGAUCAGAAGAGGGGAUAACUGAACAGGAGAUCAAACAUGGCAGACAGGAGACAUCAAUCCAGAGCUCAGAGGGACUAAAAUCUGAGUAUAGAUUGCAGGUGCAUUCUUUCUUCAAUGACCCCUUUUCAAAAAGAGGCAGAGAAACCCAGUAUGAAAGUGGCCCUCCAGAGUACGAAUCCCCCUUCAAACGAUCCAUUGAAGAUGACAAUGAUGAUGUUGAUCCAGACGACAUCAAGUGCUCACCAGCCAAACUUUUGCGAAAGGAAGAGGCUGACCAUCUUUACAAAAAGAUCUCAAAAAACAUGGAGAAACGUCCAGUAAAGGUCCCUGGUUGUGAUCUUCUUGAGCCUAGAGAUCCUAAUAUAAAGGACUCAAUACGGAACAAUGGAAUAAAGCUACUUGAAGAACCAGUGAAGCAGAAUUUGAGAUACCGGCCUGGCAGCAGUGAUAGGGAUGAGUCAUUCAAAGAUGAUGACAUAACAUCUGUAGUUGCUUGGAUUGAAUACAAAAUGUAUGACCAAAGAAGAAGGGAAAUCAACCCUAGAAAAUACACACAAGAUUGCAGAAACCUGAAAAAAGAGAUUGAGACGUCCACCAAAGAUCAAACUUGCCAUGAAAGUGUAUUGAAUGCACUACAAGAGUUCCAAGCUACAAAACAUUCUUGAGAGGUAUGUGUGGUUAUCUGAUAAUUACCAAAGGGAAAUAUUGUCUAGUAAAGGUUGGAGUUGAGAGCUCUUAUGAGAGCUCUUAAGAGAGCUCUUAUGAAGCAGGAGCUGUGAAAGUAGUUUUACCCCUUGUAACUCUUCAGUGAUACUUUAAAAUUCUUACAAUCAAACAAAAUUGCACACAAGGGGUGAAGUAGAAGUAUUAAUCUCUGUUUAGAACAUCAAACUUUGCUGCAUACAAUUAACAUUAUCCAGACCAAAAGUAGUUUACAUAUGUCAAAUGAUUUCAAUGAGUUGAUUGUAUUGAUGGUAAGAAUUAAAAGCCUUGAAUAUCCAAGUCACCAGGUUUUAGAGAUAAAUGGGCAUUAGUAAACUUGCAAUUGUGGGGUUUCAGGCUUAAAAGUAUGCAUCUCCCUCAGUGGUGUCAUUAAAAUUUGGUACAAAUGGUUAGUUUAGAAUUGCAGCCUGGUUUUUAUGAUGGCUGUGAGGGACAUGGAUGGCACAAGGCCAUUGGUGUCCUAUAGGGUGUAUCCAUGGAUGAUAUGCAGAAAUAAGUAUUUAUUAAAUAUAUGACUUUCAUAUAUUCUUAACCAGAAAUAAGUAUUGUUUCUCAAUUUUAUUUUGGCAGUGGUCUAUGGAUUCAUUUUUCUGUGACAUGGAUGCACCUGCUGCAAAGACAAAUAUGGAAUGUACAUGCUGGCUUUUGAGAGACACUCCAUCACUCCUUCUGAUUUUUGGUUCAGAAAAGGUUUAGUCUGCCUGGCUAUUUUUGUCAUAUGAUUUAAUGGGUUUUAAAUAUUGAUUGACUUUGCAUCAACUUUUUAGAUAAAUAAAGCAGUGCAAUAAUGACACUCAAUUAUGGACAUUCAUGUAGUUUCAGCCAUUAUAAGACUAAUACUAAAUUUGAUAAUGCCACAGAAAGCUGGAUCAGCAUUGCAGACUGCCACAAAAAUUGUUCAAAUGUUGUAUACUACUAGAUGAAGUUGGAAGACAACUCUUAUAUGUGGAGAGCACUGAAGUCAUCCUAAAGCUGGGUUAUUUAAAACAAGAUAGAUGAAUAAAGGGGGUAAUUUCCUAAAGAAACUGUGGUGCUGUACUGUUGGGAGAGUAUAAUAGGGUAGUUUAGCAUUAUCACCUGAGUUGAUAAUUUAAAUUGGCCACAGUAAAGAGGAUAAAGCUGACGUUUCAAGCAUUAGCCCUUUGUCAGAACGAAUGAGGAAUCUUUUGCUUGGAAACUUUUUACCUUGGCCAUAAAUUAUUUAUGUCAUCAACUCAGUGGAUAAUACUGUUAAAACCAAAUGACCUGAUCACAGGCUAAUUAAAGAAAUGCAUUGAAGGUUCUAAUAAUCUAUUUUCCCUUUCUAAGUCAGAGAAUUUUGGUAAGAUUUGUAGUUUAUCGAUGUAAAAUAAUAUUUUUUUAAAAAAUAUUUACAUUACAACAUAUGUAGAUAAAAUAGGAAUGAUCUUUCAGAUUUCUAGUUUAUUAAAUGAAUAACAUUGUUUUAAGCAUUUACAUAGCAACAUUUGUAGACAAAAUAGAAAUGAUCUCUUAGAUUUGUAGUUUAUUGAAUGAAUAUAACAUUUUUAAGCAUUUACAUUAUAACAUUCAUAGAUUAAAUAGGAAUGAUCUCAUGAGUUUUAGGUAAAUAUUGUCAAAGAUGAAAAUUUUAUAAAAAGAUGUAGUUUCCAUGUAAUUGAUGUGGUAAAGUUAAACUUUCUGAAGCAUAUAGAGAAUAGAUAUUGUAUAAAUCAGCUUUUUAGUGAUUAGAUUAUAGCUAUGAGUUUUGUUUAAAUGGGAACAAUUGUCUCUAAGACCUUAAGGACAUUCUUACUUCUCAAGUGUGCAAUGAAAAAAUAUUUGCCCAGAUUGGACUGUCAGAAUAUGAUAAGAUGGAAGAGAUUCUUGUCGAGUGUAAGGUAAAAUAGGAAAAAUCUUGUAAGUUUAGGGAAAAUAUUGGCAAAGAUGUAGCUUUUUUAGGUGAUUCUGAAGAAAAAAGGUAGUUUCCAUGUAAUUGAUGUAAGGGAAUUGAAAUUUUUGAAGAGUACUUAGAGUGAGUUUUUUAAGGGAGAAAAGAGACUUAUAUAUCUUACAAUUAUUGUAUCUCUUGAGAAAUCUUUUUAUGAUGAGAAAUAAUUAUUGGUCUGCCGAGCCAAAAAUUUAUUAAGAUUAAAAAAUUUUAUUACAUGGUCUACCUUGGUAAUUGCUAUUCAUCACUUGUUGAUAUAAUGAUAAUACUUGCAAUUUGUUCUGAACUUCAGCUCCAACUUUUUGCAGGUAGCUCCUAGUUCAGAGUAAGAAAAGCCUCAAUUUUUAAGUUAUUAUGAAUUUGCUCCAGUACAUUAACUGUUACUGACAACCUUGCAAAUUUGUGCACAUUUGAAAUUAGAACUGCUUAACCUGAACAUAUGAAACUGCAGGAUAAUCUCUCUCAAGAAAUGUUUCAACUGGAAGUGCUGAAUAGGAAUCAAGUCUUUUCUUUCACAAUGUAUUCACUGUGGAUGAGAGUACAUAUUGCCAGUAUGUACAUGGCAUCAGAAGUGACUACAAAGUGAGACAUAAUGGACAAAACUUCAUUCUUAGUCUAUUAUUUGUAAUGUCUGCUUG